AGGCUGAUUGAACAUGAAGUUUCUUUGUUUUGGGGUCUUAUCUCUGCUACUGGCCAGCCGUGCUUUCGGUGUUAGCAUUAUCAAGGUUUGUUUUUAGGAUUUUGUUUUUAGCCAUGCAUAUGACUAUUUAAAAAGGACAUGGUGAGCAUAUAUUGUACACCCUUUCUAUAAUUACGCCAUUUGGCCUGGAAGCCUCGCUCUCAUGAAUCUUUAGCCAAUCACCUUACGUAAUUUACUAAUGACAGCGAGGCUCCAGAACCAAAAAGUAUGUGUGACGUAAUUAUCAAAAGGGUAAUAUCAAUGGCGUGAUUUUACCAAAUAAGGCCAUGAGAACACGAAAGAGCGGAUUACAGUAAAAAGGUAUUAUAGCCUUUUUAGUGCGAAACGAAAAUCCGACUUGUUGAGAUAAAAAAACACUAGUUCAAAUAAAUAAUUUAAAUAAUCUUUUAAAUUUUGUCCCUGAUUCGAGAAUAGAGACCUUACGAUUUAGGACGGCAACGGCUACCAAUACAAUAAAUCAUCGGAAAGGAUUAAAUAAUUACAAUAUAUGAAUAAUUUAGACGUUGUCCUACGCUCUGUUUACAACGCCAAAUCACAGAUUUUCACGUCUUGAUACAACGGCUGCAUUUGAAGCCGCAACAAGUGCAACUUCAAACUGGGUUCAGCAGAACUCUUCCCAAACAUAAAACCCAUGUCUUCAACUUCUAAGACUGUAUUAAAUUCAUACGAUUGAUAAUAUAUGACGAAUUAUCUUUACUGCCAUUUAUUUGAGGGAGUUUGUUUUGGUCGUCGUCCUCGCUUUGCCGUCCUAAAAUCGAUAAGGUCUUUCUAAUAACGUUUCGAACACUCGAACAGUACUAGAGUAAUAAUAAAUAAUAAAUAAUUAAAAAUAGAAAUAUUUUUAAUUUAUUACAGCGUAUUCCAGUAGCGAAGGGCUACGAUCCUGGUUCCUGUAAAAACGAAACUCAUGGCAACGAGGUGUUGGUAAAAAAUAGAGUUGAUGAAGAAAAAAUAGUUAUCUGUGUGAAGGAUAGAGGUGUUUAUCAAUGGAAGUCUACGGAUGGUAAGUUAUAAAUAGCAGUUUGUUUAGGAUGCAACCGCUUGUUAACAUAAACCAAGUUCGUGUCGACUUUAGAUAGGAGAUGUAAAGUUUGUAGGUAUUAAAAUCAUAGUCUAUCAAGAUAUGAUGGUCUAGAAAAUAAACAGUAAUCAUUGGGCGAUGUUUGUUUCUGCGUUUAUGCUAAUUUGUGCACAGUCAUGGUGAUUGAGUUCAUUGUAUUUGCGUAUAAUGAAGUAGUCGCCAAAUUGGGGUAGCCGAGGUGAAAAGUACAACGACUAUUAUGAUAUUUUUGUUGAGACAAAGGACUUGUUCACGACGAGGUACAGUUCCACAUCAAACAAAGGUCUUCUAUUUUGUGACUUUGAUGUGUGCCUGGAUUUCAGACCAUCAUGUUUUGACAGACUAUGAUGAAAAACAUGAGAUCUCAUAACCAAAAUGAUUAAUCAAAGUGUAGUGAAUGAAUUUUGAUCGAGAACGAGUCCUCCGAUAAAUAAAGUCAAACGCCGAUAAAUUAACUCAACAAUAUUAAUGCUUUUGAAAAUAACUCAACAAUGGUCUUCGAAAAUCAUAUUAUUAGUCAAACAUGCUUCCAUGCAAAGUGCAUUAACUCGCUUGGUUUAAUUGACCAGAGUUUUUUUCCAAAAGGUUCACAAAAUACAGUUGGUGAAUUUUUCAACCCCGGUUAUGAUUGCGCUGACAUUUUGAACAAACGUCAAGAUGCUAAAGAUGGAUUUUAUUGGAUAACUUUAAAACUUUCAAAUCCGAAAAAGGUAAGAAUUUUUUUGUCAAUUGAACAAGAACAAAACUAAAAAAUAAUAAAGUAAUAAAUAAUAAAGAAAUUAAUAAAUAAAUAAAUUAUUAAAUCAGUAAUAAAUUUACGUUGUGUUUCCACAAACAAAACUAUUAUAUGUUUUAUCGCCAUGCAAACAUACAAAGAACUUAUUAAGAACAAAACUGUUUUUGUUCAUUGGAGAGAUUAUUCAGAUACAAAUAGACUUGCACGGAUGAGAAUCGCCCUUUUUGAAUAUGGUGAGACAAUUUUAAUUAAAGUAAGAAUAACCAAGAAUUAACCGCACCUUCGCAGGUUCGAUUUGGGCACUCGGAAACUGCACAUUUUCCCCCAGCGAAUUAAUUUCCCAGCUUAAAUUAUAGAACGGGGUAAUUACGCAUUCAGUUUAACUACAUAAUUUAAAGGCCCCACGGCCUUCCGGGUGCAUGGAUCGAUCAUGAAGUGUAUCUGACAAAGAAUGAUCAAAAUUACUGUUAUUUGAUUACUUAUCUCCAACCUCGUCCCCGGGGUCUUCUUCGUGGGUUUAUAUUACCCCCUCCUGCACAGGUGUUUAUGAAUUCCGAGAGGGCGGGAAAAAUUGGGGAGGAAACGCGCGGGUGGCUUUUAAUAUUCGUACUCUCUGGGAAGGGGACUGAGAAAUAAACAAAAAAUAUCAACAAGAAACGCCUGUAGAGGCAAGAAAUGAUUGCUAACUACGGUCUAAAUUAUGAACAGUAUUCCAUAGCAUACUGCUCAAAAUGUGUCGUGCUUCACGAGCUUCAGUGUGAGAUUUCCUUUAAGAUGUGGUGUGAUAUGACUACCGACGGCGGGGGGUAUGCAUUGAUUGGCAGAAUGAACACCUCGGUCACGUGGUCACUUCCAUCCAAUGAUAUUCCAGUUGGGCCAUUCGGCGAACCACAUUGGUCGAGCUCUGUUGGUGAUGCACCAACUCUGGACUUUAGGGUGCAGAUGGCUACGAAAGAUGAUUUUAAAUCCACUAUAGCACACUGGUGCGUACCAGCCACAUUUAAUUCAUUUAGUAGGGUCUCCCUGAUUGGUUAAUCUAUAGAAUUAAAAAAGUCACAUGAUCCAGACAUUUCUUAACAAUUUUGAAAACUUUUGAAGAUGUUGUCUAUGUGCCUGAAUGAAGACUAACGAUGAUAUCUCAUAUGAUUAAAUUUGGCAACAGGUCCUUUAGAUUACAAUCGACACGUCCACUGAAAAAUUUAUUGACGACGACAGAUGGAUGUGAUCAAAAAUCUGCAGGAAUUGGAAACAUUGCCUACGUCAAAGAUCUUCAAACUGAACGUAUUGUUACAACAACAUUGCGAUGUUCAAAAUUUGGUUUGGCGCAUCAUUCUUCAUCACCAUUUGGUUGGGUAUGUAUAUGGUUGAUGCAUACAUAAUGCGUUAAAUUAACAGUUUAUUAAGGUAAUCUUUAUUUCUCCGAAUGUUUGAUAUUUUUCAGCCCAAGAUGAAUUCAUGUUUUGCGAAGUCAUGUCCGUGGGGUUUUACAUUUCUUGCGAUUGGCAGUUAUAGACGCCAAUUAGACCAUUAUGGAGCUUUCAGGUAUGAUACAUUCAAUAUGAGUUUGCUUAUAAUUAAACUACAGGGCCCGGUUAUAUAGAAGCCAGUUAGUUCUUUUAUUUUUAGACAAAAAUUUUAUCAAGCUUUGUAAAAUGCUCAAAAACUAUAAGACUGCAAGGGUGGAACUCACAAUUGAUAAUAUAAGAAGAACGAAUUUACGGAUAGCUUGAAAAUCUCUAUCCGGUGAAUUGUGUUGAUUCGGCCUUCCUGGCCUCCCUGCGGAAGAAUAUCGGCCAGUUUCACUAACUGAGUUAUGGAAAGCAGACAGUUGCAAUUGGCCACCACAAGAAGAAAUUACAGCUGCGUGUGAGAAAAACAACAAGAUUUUAAUUUGUCUAUAAAUAUCGUUUGUUUUUCUCAUCAGUUACAGCACAACUGGAAGUAUAUCGGGAAUGGGAAACAAUGCCACUGCUUUUGUUGGAUGUGAUAAUCAAGUUGUAAGUAUAAGUUACUAUUUCGAAAUCAUUAUUAAAUCAUCAAAUCUAUUAAUACUACAAUUAUGUACAAGUCAUGCUAGUAUUUGUUAGCGGUUUACAAAUAUUAGAAAUAUUGGUAGAAAGUAUUAAGUGAUUUUUACUCAAUUGUUCAAGUUUAGAAAUGGUUUUAUCGAUAUACAUUUUGAUAAAUAUUUUAUAUCUGUAACAGUUCUUCUUACAAAAAGUAAUCAAAAGUCUCACCAGCAGCUACAAGGAAAACUGACUAUCUUAUAUGCCAGCUAACGAACAAACAAACAAACAAACAAACAAACAAACAAACAAACAAACAAACAAACAAACAAACAAACAAACAAACAAACAAACAAACAAACAAACAAACAAACAGACAGACAGACAGACAGACAGACAGACAGACAGACAGACAGACAGACAGACAGACAGACAGACAGACAGACAGACAGACAGACAGACAGACAGACAGACAGACAGACAGACAGACAGACAGACAGACAGACAGACGGACAGACAGACAGACAGACAGACAGACAGACAGACAGACAGACAGACAGACAGACAGACAGACAGACAGACAGACAGACAGACAGACAGACAGACAGACAGACAGACAGACAGACAGACAGACAGACAGACAGACAGACAGACAGACAAAUAAAAUUUUCAAAUAGUUCAAUCAAAUAUUUUUAUAAUCAUACAAAGUUGUCAUAGAUUUUUUAAACUUCUUUGCAGUGCUGUGCUUGUUACGGACCUGUGGGCGGAACGAAAGAAUACUGUGCCGAAAAUUGUCAAGCAAUUAACGGUGGUACAGUCACAAAAAACGUAUUUACGUGGUUCUGGGUCAGAUCCAGUCUUCCUAAAAGAUUGUGGGAGAAAUGUAUGGAUUAUGAAGUGAAACGAGAUGAUGGGAAAUUGAUCUGGUAUAAGCUGGUUGGCCAUAAUGUUAUUCCUAUUGAGGUAAUUUCUUUCUUUAUUUUUGACAUGAUUGAUCAAUAAAACCUAGUGAGCUCUAUAUAUAUCUGGAGUGAGAACUCGAGUUCAAAAGGUAAAGCCGCGGCUUCGUGUUAACCGUGCAAAUAAAAACAAUAGAAAGGGCCUGAAAAUGACGUCCAAUAGCUUCUUCAAUUCCGC